ACAUUCCACUCAAGUCAUCGUGUGGGGAAGGCAGUCUGCCACAAGCUUGGUUUAAGCACAGAGCCCCAAUAAAACUCACUGAGGACACACAGAGAACUGCAGUACAGAGGGGAUUUUGGAGAGGAGCUCUGAUUCACACAGCUGGCUGGGAAGUGCUUUAUGCUUUGCAAGGAAUUAUUAGAUUGAAUAGCAAGCCUAUUGAUACCAUUUUCUAUUUAGUUUUAAAUCUCAAUGUUUGGUAUUUGGCUUUUUAUUCAAUGCAUUAAGGAUGAAAAGACACUAAAAGAUUAGUUUUUUUUUUUUCUUUGUUUAGUUUUUUUUUUUAAUUUGUUGUUGUUGGCCAGGAUUUAUUAUCCCUGAAAUUAAAGGAAGAAAGGAAAAAAAAAACAUUUUCAUUCAUAAAAAAUACUUAUUUUUUUUUACAAUGUUCUGGAAUAUGCUAAGUAUCCAUUUACUUUUCUCUGUCUUCCUGGGGGCUCUGAUGGCAGGUGUCAGUGCUCAGCGACGGGGUACAGAUAGUAAUGGCAGGCGAUAUAAUCGCAUCCAGCAAGGACAAUGCUCUUAUACCUUUAUCUUGCCUGAAAAUGAAGGCAACUGCAAAGAGGGAACAACAGACAAAUACAACACCAACUCCCUUCAGAGGGAUGCUCCACUGGUGGACCAUGAGUUUUCUACACAGAAAAUACAACACCUGGAACAUAUCAUGGAGAAUUACACACAGUGGCUUCAAAAGAUUGAAAACUAUAUUCAGGAGAACAUGAAGACUGAGAUGGCUCAGAUUCAGCAGAAUGCUGUCCAAAACCACACAGCCACCAUGCUGGAGAUAGGCACCAGUUUGCUGAGUCAGACAGCAGAACAGACACGGAAACUCACAGAUGUUGAAACACAGGUUUUAAACCAAACAUCUAGACUUGAAAUCCAGCUGCUGGAGAAUUCAUUGUCUACGAACAAACUGGAGAAGCAGCUGCUGGUACAGACCAAUGAAAUCACCAAACUUCAUGAGAAAAACAGCUUCAUGGAGAAUAAAAUCAUUGGGAUGGAGGAUAGGCACAAGGAGGAGCUGGAGACUUUGAGGGACGAGAAAGAGAGUCUCCAUAACCUACUGGGACGACAAAGUAACAUUAUCCAGGAGCUUGAAAAGCAGUUGAACAAGGCCACUAGCAACAACAGCAUUCUGCAGAAACAACAGCUGGACCUCAUGGAGACAGUCCACAGCCUCGUUAACCUCUGCUCCAAAGAGGGAGUUGUACCAAACAGUACGAAAAAAGCUGAAGAAGAAAAUAGGUUUAGAGACUGUGCAGAUGUAUACCAUGCUGGUUUUAACAAAAGUGGGGUAUAUAAUAUCAAUGUCAACAACAUGUCAGAGACUAAAAAGGUCUAUUGUAAUAUGGAGGCUGUUGGAGGUGGUUGGACAGUCAUACAGCACAGAGAAGAUGGAAGUGUGGACUUCCAAAGGACGUGGAAAGAGUAUAAGAUGGGUUUUGGGAGCCCAUCUGGUGAGCAUUGGCUUGGAAAUGAAUUUGUUUUCCUGCUUACCAGUCAGCGUCAGUAUUCGUUGAGAAUCGAACUGACGGACUGGGAUGGAACUCAAGCGUUCUCUCAAUACGACCGGUUUUAUAUUGGGAAUGAGAAGCACAAUUACAGGUUAUUUCUAAAAAGUCACAGUGGGACUGCAGGGAAACAGAGCAGUCUGGUUAUACAUGGUGCAGAUUUCAGCACUAGAGAUGCUGACAAUGACAACUGUAUCUGCAAGUGUGCUCUGAUGCUAACUGGAGGUUGGUGGUUUGAUGCCUGUGGACCUUCUAACCUAAAUGGGAUGUAUUACAAAUCAGGACAGAACCUUGGAAAACUAAAUGGUAUAAAAUGGCAUUACUUCAAAGGCCCCAGCUAUUCCCUGCGUGCUACAUCCAUGAUGAUUCGACCUUUGGACUUCUAAAUAAAGCUUGACAUUAACGCUGUUGACACAACUGGCAUCUAAAGAAAGGACUUUGUAAGAAAUCUUCACUGUAAUGACCAAGGAAUAUGAAACUGGUACUUCCUUGUACUGUAAUGGUGCUACCAAAUCGAUGGCACUGUAGGACCAAGUCAGCACAUUUUGGGGCUAUACACUUUAGCUGAAUUUGGCUGUGCAACUGUUGGCUGGGGUUGUUAUGGUUAUGGAAUUGUGGGUGAAGAAAACUGGGAUAUACAGUAUCUAUACUGUAAAUUGGGCGUUGUAAGGUGAAUAUUGUCAAAAACGGUCUCGUCCCACAUGACUAGCAGAGUUAUAACUAAAAUAUGAAGUGGCUCAAAAAACAGCUGGCAACAACCUUCUCCAUUGGAGAUGUAGUAUGAUGUAUUGUUUUUCUAUUUUUAGUGUUCUGCUUGCUUUCUUUGUGCAGCUAUUUUCCAUCAGUAUUAGGAAAAAAAGAAUAAUAGUGCUGUGUUCUACAGAACAAACACAUAUAAUUAAGGGGCUAUUUUUUUCAUCAAGUCAUGGAAGCAUCAAACCACUAUUUACAAAAUGUUAAUGCACACAUUAACAUUUUGAAAUGUUAUAUACCCUCACUAAGCUUAAUGGUUGUGUUGAACUAUAAGAAUAGGGGAUUACCCAGGCGACCUCGCUGUUACAAGUUAGGUGAAGGUGUUUAUCAUUACUUCCCCUGCGUUGACAAGUGGGUUGCAGCAUUGAGGUGAUUGCAGCAUUGGACACUCUAAAUAAUAAACAAAAAAUACAGAAAUAGAAGAAUCUCCAAACAUUUUUAGACAGUCAAGCAAAUCUUAAAAAAUAGUAAAUCUUAUUUAAUAAUGCAAAAAAAACAACAAAAAAAAACACGUUUGAAAUAAAGUAUAGUUAGGCACAGGUCAUUGAACGCCCACAUACCUGUCCUUUGUAAAAAUUCUGUACGGUAACUUUCAGCCUUUAAAUUUCUGCUGAGGAACUGGUUAAAAUUACAUUCUCAAAGCUAUGUACUCCAGAGUGUCAUUUAUAAAAAUAAAUUCUGGAAGGAAAAAACACCAGUUACAUGAAUAAGAAACUCUUAAUGUAAGACUUUUACAAGCCUGGAAAUUAAAUGGUUCAGUUGUUUUAUUUCUGGGUUGGUAACUUCAUUAAUGUGGUUUUCAUUUCUAAAAGAGCUUUGAGAGUCUAGCCAAUAGUUUCCACCACUAAAUAGUCUCAAACUAUAUAUAAUAAAAGCAAGAAAAUGAAUAUUUUGUGAGCAAAUCACUGAUUUUGUAUUAGGAAAAUGCAUCUGUCGUUUCUAAAACGAUGACAAUUAUUUGUUUAUAGCAUUUUCACCAAAAUGUUCAUUUUCACCUAAAUGAAGCUGGCUAGGGAAAGUGGUAAUUUUCUCUAAACACAAUUCUUCAUGAAUGACACUGCUUUUUACUUCAGCUUAUACAUAAUGUGCAAAGGUCUCUUUCUUCUAUAGUCAAAAUGUAUUGUGUCAUUUUAAUUACAUAUUUGUGAUCCAUAUUUUUCAUGUGAUGCAGCUGAACAAAAGCAUGUUACAGUAUUUACUGCUGAUUUAUUUAUCUGGGUUUGAGUUGAGAAAUUGUUUUCAACUCUUUGUAAUAAACCACCCAAGACAAACAGGUACCAGAGUAUUGUUUUGUUUUUUCUUAUUUGCCAAUACUCCUAACUUCACAAUUCAUAAUAUGUUAAUGCUGUUGCACUUCCUCAUUUUGGCUAGGACAUUUCCACGGCUACAACUUUGCUUUCCGAAAGGGGAGCCUCUGCCAGUUUAUUAGACGUGUUAAUGUAAUUAGUGCUAUCAUCACACACAGCCAAAGACAGAGAAGUCUUGAUUUCAACAUGGAUAAAAGAACAAAUAAACAACACUUGUUGUCAAUAGCAGCUGUUCAAAAA